CGUGGCCAGACAGGUGCAGGAACACUUGCACAUGUCACCUUUUAGUUUUAAGCUGUUGUUUUUGAGGAAAGUGUACAGGAUGACCGUAAUUCCAGAAAUCUUCCAUUGGAUGUGUAGGAUAUUUGUGUAAUCAAAUAUGUUUUUUGUUUUUUUUAUGUGGUCCCGGUGUGCCUCUCUCUGUGUAUUUGUGUGUGAGGUUGCCAGGUGCUUCAGUCUCAUUUGAUCACAGCAUGAACAAGAGUUUCCCAGAGGGUUUCCCUAAGGGAUCUGACAGGUGUGUUGUUGUGUUCUUGCACAUUAGAUGGUCUGUGGUACAGUCCAACAGCUGCCACCUGGCUGUUUCUACGACAACUGACCAGACCACCUUCAACAACCACACCUGAGAGAAGGAGAGAGGGGGACAGAAGAUACCACACACUCUGUCAGGAUGGGCUACGAUCUGGAACGCUUUGUAGGCUAUGUAAACGAGGGUCUGCUGUGCUGUGUAUGUCGGGAUGUGUUAGAAGAUCCUCUGCAGGCUCCGUGUGAACAUGCCUUCUGCAGCUCCUGCAUUCAUGGAUGGCUCAUCCACCAUAACAGCUGUCCUGAGGACCGCUUGCCUUUAGACAUUACACAUCUACGCCCACUAUUCAGAUACAUGAGGAAUGAUUUAGCAAGGCUGCAGUUGAGGUGUGUGUUCCGGCCACAAGGUUGUGAGGUCAUAUGUGCUCUGGAGUCUAUUCAUCGGCAUGAGCAACAGUGUGAUUACGCUUUGCUGAACUGCAGUAAUGCAGGUGACGAGUACUUGUGUUACCGUUGUGGCUGCCCAGUCCAGGUGUCGCGGCGCUCUCUGGAAGCUCAUCUGUGUGUGUGUGAAUACAGCAGUAGAGUUUGCGCAAGCGGCUGUGGAUACACAAUCCUAAACAAUGAGGAGGCCCAACACAACUGUGUAUCAGAGCUACGAGCUGAGCUGGACAUGCUCAGGGCAGAAUUAGACUGCAAAGUCGAAGAGGUGAGGCAUGAAAUGGAAUCUCGCUUGGAUUCCCAAAGACGACACAUGGUGCAGAAGGAGAAUUUGCUGAGAAAUGAAGUGGACGAACUUAAGGGCCAGCUGUCCCGCGUCAUGUCAGAUGUCCGCAUUUUACUGGGUGCAGAGAGAGCUCGCAGACAAGAGCUAGAGAGGGCAGAGCUUGAGAAGGCGGAGCUUCUUGAACUUUUAAAAAGGGAGGGGCUCAGACCAGCCACACCCUCUGAAGUUGUAGCUCCGCCCCCUGCUGAGGUGCCGAGAAAGCCAAGCCCACGAAGCCUAGCUUUGGACUGCAUCAAAAGGAAGAAUAGAGAGGUUACAGUUAUCUGAAGAGGCUCAUUUUCACAAUAGAACACUAAAGAAGAGGGAACAUUAUGAUGCUAAUAGAAAACCACUACCUGGAACUCAUCUUCUGAAUAAAGCCCCAUUAUUGGAUCUCCUCUGUGUAAACUGAAUGAGUGCUAUGAGAUGGCCCAGGUGCUAAGAUUAAACCAAAUUGUGUAGUGAAUUUUUUUUAUUGAUUUUUUACACAAUUUUGUAUGUUUUUAGA